GCCGCCGUGCGCCUGGCCGGGGGCGUCUCGGGGUGCACCGGCGGCCGGGCUCCGGCGGCGGCAGCAGCGCAGCCUCAGGCUGGCUACCACCGACGCCCCCGACGCCAUGGAGGAGUGGGAUGUGCCCCAGAUGAAGAAGGAGGUAGAGAGCCUCAAGUACCAACUGGCCUUCAAGAGGGAGAUGUCGUCCAAGACCAUCCCCGAGCUUCUCAAGUGGAUUGAGGAUGGAAUCCCCAAGGACCCCUUCCUGAACCCAGACCUGAUGAAGAACAACCCUUGGGUAGAGAAGGCCAAGUGCACCAUCCUAUGAGCCUGACCCACACUCUCUGUAAGGUGUGACUUUAUAAAUAGACUUCUCCGGGUGUCUCUGCUUUAGUCCA